AUGACCGACCGCCGCUACGGAAACCGUUACGAUUACGACACUACCGGUACAACCUAUGACACCACCGGAACCAGCUAUGAUCCUACUGGUUACAGCACCUAUGGCACUACUGGCUACGGCACUACCUACGAUACGGGCUAUGGCAGCACCACUUAUGAUCCCAGCAGCGGUGCCUACGACCAGCACCUAGAUUACCGCACCGAUGAUUCCCGCCGUCAUCACCGUGAGCGACUUGAUAACAGCGGCGUCUACCGCCACCGAGACGUUGACCGUCGGGACGAUGGUACCACCCAUGUCCACCGAGAGUAUGAUAACCCCAACACUGGUACCAGCUAUCACCGGGAUUACGAGCGGUAA